AUGGCAGAAACGAAAUUUGAAAGAGUAAUAAGAACUCUGAAUAGCAUAUUUUGUGACUGGGGCUGGAGCACUGUUAUAAAACCAAAAGACGGUAAUUUUGUAGGAAAUACAGCUCCUCUCUGAAGAAGUCCUAGUCCUUUUUUAUAUUUGGUUGUGGGAGUAUUUAACUUGAUCACUUUUUUCCUAGAAUUACUGAUAACUUCGUUUGCUGUUGAUUUUAAAGGAAGUUGCCAAGCAGCUGUGACUUAUUUCAGAAAUAUUCUGAUAUUUUUCUUCUUACUGAAUGGUUUAUGGCAAUUUUAUAUGUCAAGAUGAAAAAUUGGAACCGAUAAACAAUGGUGUCGAUAUUUAACUGUAUCAACUGUGCUAAAUUCGCUUUUGUUACUAUUCUCAAUAUUAGUGAUUAUUGCAUUGAUCGCAGACUCCGCUUGCUCUUCAGAUGAUUCAAAUUCUUAUAAUAUUUCUGUGUCGCUAAUUGCUCUUGGGCUACUUUCAGGAGGAUGCUAUACAGGCUUGAUAGCUUAUUCGAUCACCAAACUUUAUUUUAGAGGGAAUCCAUUAGCUUAUAAUUCAGAAUAA